CGUAGCCAUUGAUCGUCCACGGCGACAUGUCGUCUGCACGAGGCCCGAGGGGGAGGAGGUCACUAUUGCAACAUCGAUCCCCAUCCGUGCACGGAGCUUGAGAGGAUGGGCAUGGAGUGUCCGGUGUUUCCCACGUACAACAGCGAGGGUUGAUAAGCCUAAACCCUAGUCCCGGUGCAUGUGGGGCCGACCUUGGCUCCUCAUAGCAGGUGAGACGAGCUGAAAUUUGUUUGGCAUGUGCCCCUGCAUCUACCCCAGAAGCCUCUGCUGGCGAGGGAAUCGGUCUGCAAGUGUUUACCUGUCGUAGAAUUCUGCGACCGUGAGCCUGUUCGAUCCGUCUGCAGGUGACCACAUGAUGAAUUGCUUCACCGCUCGCCGCUGAUGACGCACGAUGUUUACCUUCAGUCCUCGUUGGGACCUGCAGAGCAUGCUGUAAGAUGAUUGUGUUGUUCUGAAUGAAGGUCGAUUUCGUCUCCUAGACGACGAUCAGUUGCUCUGACGCGAUUUCUCUGCUCCGGUCGGCAGCCAUGGGCCGAUCACGACUUGUCAACAGUUUUCAGCCCCUAGGCAGGAUCUACUCUCAUCGAUUGCCCAUCUUCAGCGUGAAGCACAGCGAUGGGUGGUCCAAAGAUCCGGCCACGUUAGCAGCAUCCGAGCAGUCCUGUUCUAUUUCCGCUGAUUCAGGAAGGGGCAACGUCAGCUCUCAAGAUUUUUCUGCGGUAGAAUCCUCUCGCCGGAACUAUUUGACCGAGCAAAUUUCGACCCGAAGAAUCCAUGUGUCUGCAUCAACCGCCCCCGACCGGCUGUUCUACAAUUCGCAAUUUCUCAAACACCCAUCUUCAGUAAUUACAUCUUUGGUAGCACGAGCAGCUUCCCACUGCGAGCAGAGAUGCGGAUUGUCAACAAGAGCUGGUCAUUCUGGAGACAAAGAAACGAUAUCUGUGACAUUUGUGGAUAAAGAUGGCGAUGAGACAACUAUUAAAGUCCCAGUGGGCAUGUCCAUGCUCGAAGCUGCUCAUGAGAAUGAUAUUGAACUCGAAGGUGCUUGUGAAGGAUCUUUGGCUUGUUCAACAUGUCACGUCAUAGUCAUGGAUGAGGACGUGUAUGGGCAAUUGCCAGAGCCAACAGACGAGGAGAACGAUAUGCUGGAUCUUGCGUUCGGAUUGACAGAAACGUCUAGGUUAGGGUGUCAGGUGAUUGCUCAACCAGAGCUCGAUGGGUUGCGGCUUGCACUUCCUGCAGCAACCAGAAAUUUUGCCGUUGAUGGUCAUGUUCCUAAGCCUCAUUGAGGCAAGCCAGAGCUGAACUGCUCACGUAGAAAUAUGUCCUUGUUGGGAGACUUCACUUAAACAAGUGAGACCUAGGUUUGUCUAUCUGACGAGAGAGUUGUAUUUGUUAUUCAUUCAAAUCUUUCCACCAUUUAUAUCUCUGCACUGAACAACCUGGAGUUGACAGAGCAAGGAACCACUGAACUAGCUGGAGAUGAAUAAUGUAAAGUUUUCUUCCAAUGAAAGCCUCAUGGAUUUGGUCACCCUAUACAACUAACAUCUUUUGGAGCGAGCUGUGUUGCCGAUAUUGAG